UAGUGUUAGGCUACAUUCAUACCAUGUUAUGAUGUUGUAUAGCAUCUACAGUAGUAUACGUUGAAAAAGAGCAAGCUAAUAACAUAAUAAAACAAUAAAAAUAAUAAUAAAAAAUGAUAACAAUAUAAUCUUUGCUCGAGUGCAGUGCGGAUAGUGAAGGUAGAAGCAGGACUCCUGCCACAGGAGGGUCGUUCAUUUUUCACACUUAUCCAGCUGUGUUCUGUGUAGCCAAGUGUCAUCUGUAGCCAACAUAUAUAGUCCAGGAUGGACGACGUCUCUCAAUCGCAACAGUAUGAACUGCGUAUGCGCAUGGCUGGAGGAAACAACAAUGGCACAGGCUCCUCUGAUGGUGAUAACAAGCUGGAACCUUCCAGUCCCAUUGACAAGAACAAUUUUUCUCGGUGUAACAGCACAGGCUCUGUGAAUACUCCGUCUUCCUCUGCUCACAAUACUGAGGAUGAAGAUAGUGAUAACAAAAGUUCAAUGUUAUCUUACAAAGAGCGUCGUCGGGAAGCUCACACUCAAGCGGAACAAAAACGUAGAGAUGCCAUCAAGAGAGGAUAUGAUGCGCUUCAAGAUCUUGUGCCAAACUGUCAGCAGCCAGAAGCUUCUGGUUAUAAAUUGUCUAAAGCCUCUGUUCUCCAAAAGUCCAUUGAUUACAUUCAGUUUCAACUACAGAAAAAAAAGGAUGAAGAGGAGGAAAGAAAUGCUUUGCGUAAAGAAGUUAUAGCUUUACGCAUAAUGAAAACGAAUUAUGAACAGAUAGUUAAAGCUCACCAAACUCAACCUGGACAUUCAGAAACACGUAUUUCGGACGAAACUAAAUUUCAAGUGUUUCAGGCUAUAAUGGACCGUUUAUUCUUAUCUUUUGACAAUAUAUCAGUUGCAAAUUUUUCUGAAUUAUCUGCUUGUGUAUUUAGUUGGUUGGAAGAAAAUUGCAAGCCACAGACUCUCCGAGAAGUUGUGAUGUCUGUCUUAACUCAGUUUGCUAAUCAAACAAGCUAGUACACGCGUUAUUCUAUCUUUGUAAUAAUUGGUUUUAUUAUUACACACUGUGAUUUCAUACAGAAAUCAUAUUUCAAAGUACAAAUCCAAAUGAAAAAUGUUAUUUUUAUUAGUGUACAAAAUAACUCAACCAAAAAAAAUUUCUAAAAAUUAAUCUUGUAAGGAUGAUUAUUAGCUAUCAUAGAGACUCCAGUAAAUCUGAUGGGGAUGCAAAUGUGAUAUACAAAUGUAUAAAAUUAAAAAUUUAUGAAAAAAUUAUUCCUCAAAAUAUUUGUAAGU